UGAAGUGCGCGGGUGCCUCUUUUGCCAUAUGGCAUCUGUGGGAGCAUCCGGGACACGCCGCCCCGAGAAUAGAUUUUUAUUUUCCAAACAAGGACCAGGCCCGGCCUGGAAGUCGUGGACUGCGCCCACGACAUCCAGAAGUCCUCGCUCAGUCCUGAGUUGCCAAUUACUCAGGCUUGAUUUCUGCAAAACCCCGUUCGGCUCCCUACCCGCCCCUGAUCGGGGUCCAUCUGGGAGUUGUCAGCGCUGAUUCAACACUUUCCAUUUUCACCCUGAUUACUCUGUUGUCGCGUGGUGGAGAAAAUGCCAGGUCCCACUCUCCCAACACCUGAGGAGGUGGCAUACAUGCAAGAGCAUGCGAGCGACAACAUCGUCCCCAAUCUCAUCGCCUGCGCUACGAUAUGUCCCAUUUUGGCCACAAUAUUCAUUGGUUUCCGCCUUUGGUCCCGCCGGAUUAACCACGGCCGUUUGAGACUGGAAGCCAGUGAUUACCUGUCUAUUGCUGCUUGGGUCUUUUACAUACCCUAUAAUGUUGUCAUAGGCUUGAUCACUCGGUACGGUGCUGGCCGACACAUCCUUUUUGUGACGAAUCCACGGAUGCUUCAAAUUCUGGUCAUCGUCGACGAGAAUCUCUAUGCCGUCAUCUUGGCAUUACUCAAGUUCAGCAUCCUGAGCCUGUACCGAAAGCUUUUUGGUAGCACGCGUUGGCUGUACAUUCUCACAUGGGUCAUGACUGCCUUGGUCGCCGAGUUGGCGCUUCAGGUGAUCAUAGCUACAAAUUUGCAGUGCAUUCCUAUCGCAGCUACCUGGGACACGACGGUCAAGGGUACUUGCAUCAACUAUGGGGUGGAGGCUCUUGUGGCUUAUAUCAUCAACAUAUCCACCGACAUUACAAUUUUGCUGAUGCCGAUCCCGGUGGUUCGGAGACUUCAAGCCUCAAAGUCUAAAAAACGGGGCCUGUUGGCUGUAUUUGCUGCCGGUGGGAGCGCAUGUAUCGUGAGCAUCGUCCAGCUUCGCUACAUUACAAACCUGGGCAGUACUGCAGAUGCCAGCUGGAACAAUAUGCCGUCAGUUUUCUUGGCUGAUAUAGAGAUCAUGAUUGGGUUCCUCGCGACUUCAAUCGCGACAUAUCGGCCGCUGUACCGCCGCAUUUUCAAGGGCAUCGUACCGACAAACAUGAACAAGUACACGCCGGAGUACUCGUCCAACUCGAGACGUAACAACCAUGUGACAAGGAUAUUUGCGGGUGGAAAGCACACAGACCACACGUCGAGCACAAAUACCUCACAUGGCAUUAUUGUGACUGACCAGAUUGAACUUAUUCACACAGCACGGCCGGCAGGAUCCUACGACGGUACUACUGAUGGGCAACACACACCGAUGUAGAGAAUUGCGAGCACUUGACGUUGACAAAUUUGCUGUGGUGGUAAUUUGGUACGAUAUAUAUUUAUAGCCAGGAUACUGAUGGCUUUUUACGAUGUGUAAUUCUACGAUCUGUACAAUCUCCAAGGAAGCAAAGAAAACAUUGCUUUCACUCCCGGGUUACCGCGAGACUACUCUUGUAUUUGGCAUAGAUCUGACACAAGAUGCUGGUCCGCAGGCAUGAAAUCUCUAAUCAAACAGUCGUACCCGUUUUUG